AAAUCCUAUGUCAGUGAAUAAAUUUUAUUUUUUUUUAUGCUACAACUUCCAAAACUUACCAUGGAUGGUUUCUGUGAAAGAUAAUAUGCUAUGGUCACUAGCCUUUAUUAUGAUCUCUCAAAUAUUUUUUCUGAGUUUUAAUGAUUCAGCUUUUUGCCUAGGUCUUUCAGUGAAAGGAUACAUAUAUUCUUGCCUCAUAUUUGCUCUUCAUAAUUAACAUACAACCUAAAGAGUAGAUUAGGUUCCAAAUCUUGAACUACUUUGUGUGUGUUGUACAUCUGAGCAAUCUGUGUCCUUCUAUUUUUAUACUGUUUGCAUAAAUAGUGAUUGCUGCUGCUUCACUAUGUGCAACAUCUUUAAACAUAAUUAGCUUUACAGUUGCCAUUCAAUGGCUUUUCAGCUCAUAUGCUGCUGAUCAGGGAACAGAGUGGACAGGGCAAUCAGGAUCAAGCAGCUGAAGUAAUGAAUAUAAUUUCAUUUCUGUAGUCUAAUUGUCAGGCCAUCUUCAGAAUCUUUUUUGGUUUAGGAUUCUUUGCUUACAGGCUUGUGCUCUGAUAAUAUUUUUGCUAAUUUUCUCUUUCAAAAAUGCUCCUUGUUAAUAUCCUGACUGGAUGCUAUUAAUUAAUAUUCUGAGAAAUCAAGUUGUACUUUAGUCAUCUGCAUCCUUGGCAUUUGCUUACAUUUUGUGAUUGUAUUUUGUGAAGUGCUGAUGCAGUAUAGAACUAUAGGCAACCAUAUUUGUUCCAAGGUGUGUCAUUUAGAAUGUAUGACUUAGGCUAAUCUUAUUUCCCUGAUUGCCACAUUUGUGGAGACAUUUAGAGCCUGUAGAAUUUGGCCUCAUGCUAAUGCUUGUAAAAGUUGCCAGUGGAAAAAUAUCAAUGUUUACACAGUUCUUUUGCUCUCUCAAGGUCCUGCAGUUUCCCUCUCUAACAUACAUAUAUGUUUACAUGUAGAUAUAUGAUAAAAGAGUGGAAAUGAGAAAGCUUUAUGCCUAUGUGUAAAAACUUUUAAUUGUUAAAUAAUCAAGAUAUGUUUCACUGCCUCUUUGGGUCAUUAACCUGUUUCUGUUUUUCUAAUCUCUUUUGUCUGAAUGGCUAUGUCCUGCUUUAUUUCUUUCACCCUGAUGAGUACAGGACUAGAGUACCAGAUCAGUAUCUGUACCUUACUGGUUUUAUUUUCUUGCAGCAUUGGACAGUAAGUGAGCAGAGGCAUUUGUCCUGCAGGUCGCAUUUCUUUAGUUUUUUUGCAUUUUCCUCAGAGAUGCAAAUAUCUUCUGUGAUGUGGCUUUUUUUUUUCUUUUUCCCUCAGAAUUGUUGCAUUUGAAUAAUUAUACUGCCCAUUUUAAUUAACUAGAUAGUCCUGUGAUAAUUAAUAGUGCUUGGGCUGAGGAUAAUGAGGAACUGGUAGAGGUUUCUGCUGCUGUACCCUGAGUAGGGAAUGUGGUGUUCUCUCUGUGCAUAAGGAAGACUGUUUCAUGUGAGACGUAAAAAUAUACCAGAUCUUUGUGCCACACAGAAAUAAAAGCCUGGUAUUUGGUGAUACACAUGUAGGAAGGAAACAAAUGUCUGAUGAACAAAAGGGAAAAAAAAAAAAAGUGGUGGGGAUGGGGAGAUAAUAUUCGGAAUGAAAACUAGGAUAGGAUAAAUGGAAACCAAAAUGGUAUCCCCACAGACAAAACUUUUUCUGUGGGCUGUCAGUUCUCUGCCUUCUCCUCCUGUAUCCCAUUCCUGUUUCUGUCAAGAUGUUGAGCUUAUACUUUUACCUCCAGCUGAGGAGAACUGGGCAUGAUUCCAGCGUUAGCUGGAGUCAGGCUUUUUCCUUCUUCACACCUCUCUCUGAAUUAAAGUGUACAUGCAUCCUUAGAGUAAAGUCCUGAAUAAAGUGGUUGACCUUUAGGAUUAGUGUUGUUGCAAAGACAGCCUUAGCUAUUACUGUAACUUAGUUGGUGUUUUCUGACUCACACACUGAAGGCAUGAAAUGUUAUUGACAAACUUCCAUGGAAGAUACAAAUUGAUUUAUAGUAAAGUGACUUAUUUUAACUAAAGUGAAGUCUUACAUAUUUUGAACUGAAAGAACAUUGUCCAUGUUCUCACUCCAAUGAUUUUUGACUAACCUUACUUGGUAAUUACGGGAAUGUAAGUGAAUGAAAGAUUCUAUUUGUUUUUUCUAUUUUUUUUUCUUUUCUUAUGAAUGUGGGGUUUUCCGUAUUGAGAAUUUUAGAAAUUCCGAAUAUUUAUGUGUGAUGGAAGACGUUACUGUUUUAAAGCAGCUGCUUAGCAACACUGCUUGGCUGUUUCACAAUCAGCCAGCUCUUCCCACACACUGCAGUGAGAUGUACGUCAUUUCACGGUGACUUGCAUUCCAGCUUUUCUUUUGAGUUUGUCUUAGAUCUUAAAGAAAAUUAAAUAGCAAGAGUUGGAAAAAAGAACAGGAACCUUUGGUGUCUUAACUUUUUAAUAAUCAGAUGAUUAAUGCUUUAAUAUCCUUUUGCAAUAACCAUGUUCCAGAAGUUGCAGCUAAGAAAACCUGGGUGAAGCCCAAGAGCUAAUUCAAACCACUUGGGAAACCCCCCUGACAAUCCCCCUCAGCUGGGUCCCAGCAUUUGAUGUAUAGCUGGGGCCAUGUGAACCUCCACUGCCCAGAUUUCUAACAUUUUCAGUAGCAGAAAAGGCUGCAUUUGGUAAGAAUGGAUGCUGGAGGAGAUAACCAGUGAAUUGACCAAGCUUUCUGUUUACAUGAGCAGCAACACAGGAAUCAGGGGAAGUAAAUAGAGGAAUCUGAAUCUUGAGUUUGAGAUUGAAGUCACCAAACCACUCUACCUACUGGCAACUACCGAAUGCUUUUGCUGUAUUUAGCACUUAAAUGCAGAUUACAAAGCCUGUCUCUCAGUCAAUGUCAGUAAAGCACAGAUAAGGUGAUAAGACCCUUUUUGCUUCUUGUGUUCUAUCAUGGGGUCUAAGAUUGAAAUAUUUUUCUGUCAGGGCUAAAUCUUACUGUUAUGAUACUAACUUAUAAAUUUUUUUCAGUUCAUGUAACCGUGUAAUAAAACACUCUGACAAACCUUUUCCAAUCUGUGCAUUCCCUGAGAAACUUAAAUAUGAAGCUAAGAUUUCAAAGUGAUAUACUGGUCUGAAUUGCUGAUUGUUCCUACAUACUCAAAAUAUUCAAUAUCAAGAGUAUCACUCAAAAUAGCAAUUGAAUAAUAAUCAUUGCAAAUCUUCUAAUUUAAGAAUAAACAACAUAUAAUUAAGUACAAAUUAUUUUUUUAUGGAUUCACUUGUACUGGGAGCAAACCAGCUUUUUAAGAGGUUGGUGUACAAUUUAAUCUUGUGACUUGAAAGUUGAGGGCAGUCAGUGCUGUAAAUUCAGGCUUUUAACAGGCAGUGAGGGAGGAGUAUCUGAUAAAAUCAACCUAACUGAUUGUGGAGGAUGUGCUGCUUUAGUACAGUGUUCUGCAUACAGAGAAGAAACUUCUCAUCAUACUCUAGGAACAGACCAAGUGUGUCCAGCAUGUUCUAUCAUGUGUUUUGUUAUCUAGGAAUUAGCAUGUUCUCCAAUAGGUAAAGUUAUCAGAUGAUAAUUUUCACAAGACAAGAAGGGGAAGUAGGAUAAGAAAAAACUAGAUUCUUUAAAUGUUUCCUCUCAGUCUGCAGGUGAAACUAAAGUGGAAUAAGUAUCUUUAAAAAGGAUGAAAAUGUGGGUUUCUGUAAUGUGACAAGUAUAGUAUGUGUUUUUGUGUUUGUGUGUAUGUGAAAAAGUAAUUUAGUACAAAGCUUCAUAUCCAAAUCUGUAGAAGUGAUUUAUUCAACUGAAAUAUCCUUUCAGAAGAGAUAAAAAUAACAUGGCAUUUUCAUGUUAACAUUUAUUUGUUAAAAUGAUACCAUACCAAAAAUCUUUUCCACUGUUGUGUUUGAUAAACUAAAAUGGGAUGUUACCUAUAAUUGAAUGAAUCAUCAAUUGUGGGAAUUGGCAUUAAUUUCCUUUGUUGUGACAAGUGAUACCUGUGUGAGAGAGGUCUCAAGAAGAAUACCAAAUACUUCUAAGUUGUUAGUCAUUGAAACGUAAUAAUGGUGGGGGAAGCUAGGGAUUGUGAAAAAGUAUGAGACUUACCUUGUUUAAAAUUUAACUUCAAAGCUUCUUUCAAUUAACCAGUGUAAAAGACUUAAACUAAUAAAAUGAACUCUGGUUAUAUUUCUGUUGGAAAAAGAUUCCAGUUACUUUCUACCAAUAACUAUGUAUGCUUUGGGACAGAAAUAAUAUUUAGAAUUCCUCAGGUACUUGGUAUACUAAGGUCACAUAUUGUUUCUCAAAAUAUUUAGCCAAAAAGGGCAAUACUAAAGUUUUAGGGAUGUGGUGUUUCUUCCUUGACUUGGUUCUCCAGUAUUAUUAAAACAUGAAUUACUAAAUUAACCUCGUAUUAAGUAACACGGCUGUUAAUAUUUGCUUUUCUCUUCUGAGUUGGAGUAUAUAUCUAGAAGACCAUAAGGUGCUUGCUGCUGUGGUUGCCUUUGCUAAAUCCUCUUCUUUCCUCUCCUUCAGUGACAUGUAAUCUUCUGUUGUCAUUUGGAAAUCACACAUUGCUUGUCUUCAAUCCUGUAUUUUGCAGGGGCGUUCAGAUGUUGGUGUAGCGGUGCUCUCUAUCUGGUGUGAGGCUUUGUGAUGUUUUCUUAGCUUCUGUACAAAGGCUGACUAGUACCAGGGUGAUAAUGAGGCUUUUUGCAAUGUGUUAAUUAAAUUUUAUAAAUGCAUGUUGAGUAAAUCCAGUGGAACCGGUUUUUGAAGUAAAAUACAAACACUACGCACUCAGACUUCCUCCAUAAACAAAUGAUUGUGAUUCAUCUUGCAGUGUUUCAUGAACUGUACGUUUCUUUCCUGGUUAGUUGUCUGUUCAGUGAGCACAGUUGGCUUGCACACUCUCCAUUUCAUGUUGUAUACAUUUCACGUAUGUAACAGGUACUAAAAUAAUAUAUAAAAUACUUUGCUAUUUUCGUUUCUUCUUUGAAGAUCCCUUUUAAGGCGAUACUGAGAUUCUCAAGAGUGAACAAUUUGUUAAACACGAGGGUGGAGUUGAUAAAACCGUACCAGCAGAGAUGCAUAUUUUCAUAUUUGGCACUGGUGUUUCCUACUUGGUGGCAAUCUACACAUAUUUACAUACUGCAAAAGUAAAUGAGUUAUUGUGGUAGCUGUUGCUCUUUCUUGCUUUGACAGGAAGGAGUCGAGUCUCCGUGUCAGAGUUCAGUGACAGACUAUACACACAGGUGUGGAGUGUUGCACACACAGCUUCUGCUCCAGCUGCCAUUUUGUCAUCUCGGAUGAAGUCUGUUCAGACCUCCUUCACCUUUUUUGUUCCUGCUUAUUGUGCUUUAAAAUAUUAACUGAUAGUUAGAAAGGAGCAUUUCCAUUUGUCAUUUAUUUUUCAGGGUCAGUGUUUCAACAUAUUUUCUUUGAGCUGCAUAUGUGUUGUCCUUAGGACUUGUUUUGUACAGAUCAUACAAGAACUUGUGUGCGUCAUGCUUUGUUUCACAAGGAGAGAUCAGAGGGCCCUGUGGGUCAGCGUUGUGACAGGUACUGUACAGCCUGAACUCAGGGAAGGGAUAUUCUGGAUUAGAGGAAGAUGGAUGUGCUGCCUGUGUCCCACUGAAGGUGUGUGUUUCUCUUCUGUGGAGCUGGAGCACUGAAUAGUCUGGAGAGCUGUCUGUCACUAAUGUUGGCCAGGAAAGGUCACCCAUGCCAUGAGGGAGCAGAUCCUAUUGACACACUAGAUCUGGGAGGAAGAGAGCUGAAGUUCUGUAUUUGUGGUGUGAUGUGGCUGGCCUGGUGGUCUAGGAACACUUCCUGCAUUUCAUUAAAUGCUAUAUAUGAAUUUGAUACUCUUAACAGGCACUAUAACAGCUGGAUGAGCUCUCUUGCAUAGUAAUAGUAUUGUUUUAAAGCAAGUGCCAGAUGUAGAGGCUUAUUGCCCACAGGCACUGAUCUGUUCAGCUGCUAAUAUCAGCUUUCUACUCUCUUGUUCUGUCUGUAGCACAGCUUUUCCCCUUGCUCCUUCAGAUGUUAUCCACCUCAGCAAACUGGCACCUUGGCACUCUGAGGGCAUGUUGUGGUGCUGAUGGUCUCAUUUAAGCUACAGUUAGAUUUGCCCACCUUCCCUUCCCAUAAUAGCUGGGUUUACUGUGCUGUGUCAUGUCCAUAGAAAUCUUCCCCGAGCUGCUUGGAAAAAUCACUGUGCUUUUGGGAUGUUCAUAACAAAUCUGCAAAUUGUUGGAUGGGCUGUGAGUUUAGCAGGAUGGCUGCUCAUUAGAGGUUUCAAAUUAAAAUGCUGACAAGCUGGAGCUGCUGCAUUGCACCUGUUGUGUUGGUGUUGCUGCUGUUGCAGCUGCUGCCUCUGUCUGUGUUCCUCGCUGCAAAGUGUGCAUCUUUUUAGGAGCUGAAGUUCUGGAGAACCUAACUGUAAGCACUUUGGAGCAGUGAAUUGCCUUCCUGAAGUAUAGCAACUACCAAUGAUGACUUUGAUGAGCUUGUGGUGAGUAACAAUGAUGUUGUGCUCAGAAAUAUCGCUGAAGAUUUGCGGAAUCGUUUACCCAUCGAGGCAAUGUUUACUUCAGAACAUCAGGCUGUUCAGAAAAUACACCAGCAUCCACUGCCCGUGAUUCAUGUUGAUGCAUUCCUUUAUGAUGAUGAUGUUGUUGAUUCAUUGUGUGAGGAGGGGAAAAUGAGUAGGAGCUACUGCACAGAGUGUGGUUCAUACAAAACUGCAUCUUUAGAGUUUAUUUCGCAUUCCUUUUCCCUCAUGGAACUGAAGUUUCUUUAUCACCAUGUACUGCCUGACCUGACAGGAAAGGUAGUGGUUGACGUUGGCUCCAGGCUUGGUGCAGUGCUAUUUGCGGGUUAUCUUUAUAGCUCAGCUUCCCAGCUGUAUGGAGUAGAAAUGAAUGCAGACUUCUGCCAGUUGCAAGAAAUGAUGAUUACAAAGUACGAGUUCAUUGACAGAAUAAAGGUGGUUCAUGCAGACAUCUGUACUCAGCCCUCACUUCUGCAGAAGGCUGAUGUUGUUGUAAUGAAUAAUGUCUUUGAAUAUUUUCUUGACAGACAGGAACAGGCCAGAGCUUGGAAAUUUGUUGCUUGUAAUGUAAGGAAAAGAGGGUCCUUAUUAGUGACAGUUCCAAGUCUUGAGGAAUCACUUUCAAAGCUCCAGACAGAUGUACAGCUCAGUCAAUGGGUUGAAGAGGUGCAGCUGAACUAUGAUGUAUAUAUAGAAAAGGAUGUUGACAGAGAAGCACUCGAACAGAUUCAUUUAUACAAGAUUCUCUAGUACCUGGAAAAUUUACUGAUAUCCUUAUGAUAUAUAUUUUGGGCCUAAAAUGAACUUGGAUGGAUUUGUGUGAAUAAAUCAGGUCAAAAUUCA